UGAAGUCGCUUGCAGUUUGCUCAAAACAAAAUUGGCCGUGCUUAGAGGUUUCACUUUGAGCUGCGAGAUGAACGUGACUAGUAGCAUUCUAAACGAUUACAAUUGUGUUCUUUAACAGGAUGGGUGAUUUUCGUUCCAUUAUAGCUUAAAUCUUUACCGAAGUGGUAUAGUUCUUGCUGAUAUCGCCAAAACAAAUGCAGUCAUGUUUGGAUAUCUGGUUUUAGUCUUAUUGUGCCAAGGAUUAAGACUCGAUGCGAACAUCCAGAGUAAUGAAGAUUCCGUAUUCGCAUCUAUAGACGUGGAUCUGUCUCGAGUACUGAAAAGAGUAAACGAUCGCUUUCUGUCUGUGGCGAUAGAUGCCAGUUUAGUCGCCGAAGAAAAGUACAUGUACCUUUUGUGCUCCCCGAAGCUCAGGACUUUAGCCAAGGCAUUGACUCCGGCGUUUCUGCGAUUUGGUGGAACAAAACAAGAUUUCAUGACAUUUACCCCUCAGUAUGAUUUCUCAAAAUCUUGGAAUUUCCAAAAAAAAUCUGCGCUUCCGCAAGAAGAUAUGUGUGAGAGACUACAGCUGCCUCCACUCCUGGAGAAGAGGCUGAAAGAAGAAUGUGCUCAACAGGAAGUGCUCCUUCAGAAAGAGGAACUGGAGGGAAUCUAUAAGAAAGUAAAGUUCUCAGAGUAUGCAGUGGAUCUGCUGUACACUUUUGCAAACUGCUCUGGGUUCGACCUCAUCUUUGGGUUGAAUGCUCUUCUCAGGACUGGAAACUCCUGGGACAGCAAGAAUGCUGAGAUGCUACUGAGCUACUGCGAAUCCAAGGCAUACAACAUGUCAUGGGAACUGGGGAAUGAACCUAAUAGUUAUGAAAAGAAAGCAGGGAUCCGAGUGGACGGGUACCAGCUAGGCCUGGAUUUUGUUCAUCUACGCAAGAUUCUCAAAGAAUCCAAAUUGUACCACAUGACUGGGCUGUAUGGGCCCGAUGUCAGUCAGCCCCGAGACCACCGGAGGGAUUUACUGGAAAGGUUUUUGGAGAGUGGUGCAAAGGCCAUUGAUGCAUGUACCUGGCACCACUAUUAUGUCAAUGGGAGAGACACGUCUUUGGAAGAGUUCCUUGACCCUGAAGUGCUGGACACUCUUGCUAUAAAAAUAAAUGAAGUCCUUCAGACCAUUGAACUGGUGUCUCCUGGGAAGAAGGUGUGGUUGGGGGAGACCAGUUCAGCUUAUGGAGGCGGUGCCCUGGGACUCUCAGACAGAUUUGUUGCUGGAUUCAUGUGGCUUGACAAACUCGGCCUUGCUGCAAAGUUGGGACUGGAUGUCAUCAUCAGACAAGUUCUGAUUGGCUCUGGUACAUACCAUUUGGUGGAUGCUAAUCUUGACCCACUCCCUGAUUAUUGGCUGUCAGUUCUGUACAAGAGACUCGUUGGACCAGAGGUGCUGAAUGCAGCAGCCUUCACCAGCCAAGAGGUCGAGAAACGAAGGCUACGGGUUUACUUGCACUGUACCAACAAGAGGAGCUCAAACUUCACAAGAGGAGCCGUCACUUUGUUUGCCCUGAACCUCAGUAAAAGUCCAGCGAGGAUUUCUUUGCCCACCCAGAUUUCAAAAAGCUCCGUUCAGGCCUUUGUACUGGAGUCAGGGGAUCCUGGAGAGGAAGGGCUGUACUCCAGUUCUGUCCGGCUGAACGGAGAGGUGCUGAAAAUGGUGGACGACAGAACCCUGCCCCCCCUUCAAGGGGUGUCCCUACCCCCAGGUGAAUACCUCAAUCUCCCAGGCUUCUCCUUUGCCUUCUACGUCCUGAAGGAUGCCCGUGCGCUGGCGUGCAGAUGAUUGUUCUGUCUUAUGAAAACACUGAAGGUUAAGCAGGACCACAUUACUGAACACUGCAGUGUCCUCCAUGGCGCUGUUUGCACUUUUGCCAAAGGAUGGAAGUUAGUCAAAUAAAAAGGGCCCACAGCUGGUUAUUUUAGGGACCAGUGGACUACUUUCUUUUGAAUGUGAAGAUGUAUGACCAAUUUAUUUGAAAAUACGCAGGUAAUCUUAAGACAGUGCAUGCCAUGUGUAAAAGCCAUUCUGUUAUGUUAUUAAAGAGAGGUUCUAAAUUACUAAUAUAUUUAAAAGGCGGCAAAAUUAUAUAUAUAUAUACCAAAAAUGUGGAUGAAUAUGUUAUGAACACAUCACAGAAGUUUUAAUUUUAUGCGGCUUGAGUUAUUUUCUGUAUUCGUACAUGAAACAAUGUCUUCACCUAGAAUUCUCCUUGGUGCCCUGUGCUUCCCUCCCAAGUUGUUUUGAAUAUUAAAAAAUGAAAUGCUUGACUUAGAUUAGAUUAGAUAAUGACCAUUGAAAGAACAGAAAUUUCUUGGCAAUAUGAUGUUCCUCAGGUUUUGAGUCAUUAAAAAGGCAAAUACCUAAGCACUGCAAUGGAAAUUUAUACAAGGUGCUUUUUGACUCAUGGGUGUACAGGGUAGGCUAUUCCUUGUUAAUGUAAAAGUACUGUAUACAUUUACACUGGCAUGUUAUUGCACUGUAGGAUGGGAUAGUUUAUUGUAAUUUGUUUUGGGUGGUGAUGAUGAUUUUGGCUGUUGACGAUGACAUUUUACUGCAUAUUUUCAUCUUGAAAGUUAUCAACUUAUACUGUAACUUCUGAACAAAAAUUUGUAUGUGACAUCUGAAAUGCUUUUCAGAAACACUGCAAAAAGGGUAAAAUGUUUAUGUAAAUUAUGAGCAAAGUUACUUAAAGU